AUGGGAGAGAAGAUACACGUGGCUCAAGCCACAGAAGAUCAUCAUCAUAAGCGACAACAGAACCUAGCAACGAGUUUAAGCUCUAAACUAGCAAAGACAUGGAUUACCACCAAAAUCUACAUCUUCCUCCUCUUCAUCUUCCUCCUUUGUGCUUCUCUCUCUUGGAUAUUUACGUUUGUAUUAGGGGAGAGUAGAUUCCAAGUAACAUCAGUAUUCACAAGAACCACAAACAAAAGUGUUACCACAACACCAAAUAUCCCUAAGAGCAUCAUAAAGAUCUCACUAAACUGCACACUCCUCAACAACAAGACUAUACAAACAUGUCCUUCAAAUUAUCCAACCAAGUUCGAACCAGCCAUCACUUCCUCAGAAGCUUGUCCUGACUACUUCAGGUGGAUCCACCGAGACUUAGAGGUAUGGCAAAAGACAGGAAUCACAAGGGAAACACUAGAGAAAGCAAAACCAAAUGCUCAUUUCAGGGUGGUAAUAAAGUCAGGGAAAUUAUAUGUUCACAAAUACAAGAAACCAUUUCAGACAAGAGAUGUGUUCACAAUUUGGGGAAUACUUCAACUACUAAGAAAGUAUCCUGGUCAAAUCCCUGAUCUUGAGCUUCUCUUCCUCUGCAAUGAUAGUCUCGUAAUUUGGAAAAGAGACUUCAAAAAGGACACGGGGCCUCCUCCACCGUUGUUUCACUAUUGCGGUCACCCUGAUGCAUACGACAUCGUUUUCCCUGAUUGGAGCUUCUGGGGUUGGCCGGAGCUGAAUAUAAAAGAGUGGAAUAAGUUAUCUGUGGCACUUCAAGAAGGGAACAAAAAGGUCGAAUGGAAAGAUAGAAUCCCGUACGCUUAUUGGAAAGGAAACCCUAAUGUUUCUCCAAUAAGAGGAGAGCUCAUGAGAUGUAACGUCUCUGACAAGUAUGAUCCUAUGGUUCGUCUCUAUAUUCAGGAUUGGAGAAGUGAGGUUAAUAAUGGGUUUAGAGGAUCAAAACUAGAAGAUCAAUGUACUCAUAGCAGAUAUAAGAUCUACAUAGAAGGGAAGACAUGGUCGGUGAGCGAGAAAUAUAUACUUUCAUGUGAUAGUAUGACUCUGUUGGUUGAACCAGAGUACCACGAUUUUUUCAUAAGAAGUAUGGUCCCAAUGAAGCAUUACUGGCCUAUUAGACCAAACAACAAAUGUGGGGACCUCAAAUUCGCUGUUGAAUGGGGUAACAACAACACUGAAAAGGCACAAACCAUAGGGAAACAAGGAAGUGAAUACAUGAUGAAGAAUCUAGAGAUGAAGUAUGUAUAUGAUUACAUGUUAUACGUGUUGCAAGGCUAUGGGAAACUGAUGAAGUUGGAUGUGACUGUACCUGAAAAUGCGACCGAAGUAUGUUCAGAGACGAUAGCUUGUCCGAUCACUGAUGGUGGACAAAUCAGGCAGUGCAUGGAUGACUCGUUGGUUAUGUCACCGAGCAUCAAGCCCGCUUGUAAUUUGCCAAAGCCUUAUGGAGAUAAUGAGCUCAAAAGGAUUCUUAAGAAACAAGAAAGUGUAAAGAGAAAGGUUGGGAAGUGGACCGAUGAGUAUUGGGAGGUCCAAAAUAAGAUUCUUCAACAGUGA